GACAUUGCCUGUUAGUUGUUUGGCUUCUUUCAGUCGGUUUAGUUCAGACUUAACUCAAUCGGUUGAUGAAACUGCUAACAUUAUAAAGAACGUAGUUGAUCUAAUAAACAAACUGUCAAGUGGCCGUUAUAUCGUAGUAAAUUUGUUACAGUCAACAUUCAAGGUUCCGACGAAGAAACUAUUAUGACUUCUGUGACUCAGGUCUUAAAGAGUGUGGGCCCAAAGCUGGUACCUUUCCUGAAAACUGUAGCCAUCUAUUUUGUGCUGUUUAUUCCUGUGGAGCGGCCAUCAUGGUUUGCGAUGGUCAUCAAGUGUCUUCCCAUCCUGAGUCUCAUCGUCUUUGUUCUUCUACAUGGCAUGAGUCUGGCAGAUGAAUACGCGUUCUCUCGCCGUAUUCUGUUUGGCUUGGUGUUCUCAUGUAUUGGUGAUGCCCUGCUAGUCUGGGAUGAGUACUUUCUGCACGGGAUGAUUGCAUUUGGAAUAGCUCAGGCUAUUUACACAUCUGCAUUCGGGUUCAAGCCAUUGAAUCCAGCACUUGGAUCAUUUCUCUAUUCUCUUUGUGGAAUAUCUCUGUUCCUGCUGUUGCCGGGACUAAGUGGAGUGUUGGCGGUCGGAGUUCCUCUGUACUCUAUGUUGCUGGUAACUACUGUGUGGCGAGCUAUUGCUAGAGUCCAGUUCUUUGAGGAACUGUGGACCUGGACCAAACUUUGCUCCUGUGCUGGAGGUAUCAUGUGGGCAGUGUCUGAUGCUCUGAUUGGUUUCCACCAUUUCCACCAUCCAAUUCCAUAUUCUCAGGCUCUCAUCAUGGUGACGUACUACGCAGCCCAGCUGGGCAUCUCUCUGAGUGUGGUAGACUCUAGGGCCAACUACCAUGCUCGUCUAGAGGCUGAGAGUCGUGCCUCUCGGAUAGGUUGCUCGUCCAAGUCUCAACUGGACUUGUCCAGUAGUAGUGGUUAGAGUAGAAGAGAUUACAGAGUCAUUGCUCAGCUCAAACAGUAAGAGUUCCAAAGUGUUAUGUCUUUCACUUGCAGUUGGUCGAGAACCGUUGAGAGUAUUCAUAAUUAUCAUUAACUUUUAGUUUUAACUGUUACUGCAUUUAAAUUUAAUUUAUCUUUGUUUUAGUCUUAGUUUUGUUACUUUAUUUAACAAAUAUUUAUCCCUUUGAACCCCAGACACAAAGAUAUUGUUUAACUAGUAUUGUAUGAAGGAAGAUACAGCCUAGAUAAGCGAGAAACCCCAGAGCUUUUAGUCAAGUUAACUUUUGCAAGGUUUUGUUUAAAAGCUUACAGCUGCCUUAUGAGGUAUAAAUUUAUGGCUAUUGUGUCAAAAUGUUGUACAAUAAAUGCUCUGCAACAUAA